AUGGAUGUCAAGAACACGAUUAACAAUUCCGACUCGGCUAGUAGAAAUCCAUCGAAGUCAACCGAUGAACAACAACAAACCGUUGCUAUGGCUAGUGCUCGACAAGCUGUGACAACAAUAUCCCUGAAUAUGUCUAACAAUCAAGAUGCACUACUGCAUACUGCACAGUUGUCGAGCGUAACGACGAUGAGUACUAUUUCGUUGGAAAAGGGAACAAGAAGAGGAAGAGGAACUCGAUCAUAUGGUAGACGAGGAUCUUCGGAAUCAACUGGAUGA